AUGAGAUCUUCCAUCCUCCUCUCGCUUGUUGCGGCUUUGCUGCCUGCAGCACUUGGUGCUCCUAUCUCCCACGAUGAGUUGGUGACCAACUCUGCGCAGGGUCUUCGCCUACUCCAGUUGGGCGAAACUGUCGACCCCGUAUGGAAAACCGAGGAUGAGAAGCUCGAGCUCCUGCGUUCCGGGUCUCAGUUUAUGGAUAUCACAGAGGUGUAUGAGCGCAAGCAGGCGCUCGCAGCUAAGAAAGCUGCCUCCGGUAGUCAUAAAGCCGCUGCUGCAACAUAUCCGUCGCCAUCUCAACAGACUGCCGUGAAGCCUAUCCUUUCCACGCUUUCCACUUCGAACAUGGCGUCUACCUUGAGCUCUCUGACUGCCUUCAACAACCGGUACUACAAGAGCUCCACCGGUGCUCAGGCCAGCACCUACAUCCUGAACCAAGUCAAGAGCAUCAUCGGCGGCCGCUCUGAUAUUUCCGCUGCCCUCUUUGCGCACAGCUGGACACAAUCUUCCAUCAUCGCCAAAAUCCAAGGCUCCAGCAACAACACAGCACCGAUCGUCAUCCUUGGUGCUCACAUGGACUCCAUCAACCUGAACUCGCCCACCUCCGGACGCGCUCCGGGUGCAGACGACGACGGCACCGGCACGGUCAACCUGAUCGAGAUCCUCCGCGCGCUUGUGGCAGCUGACUGGAAGCCCAAGACCCCGGUCGAGUUCCACUGGUACUCUGGAGAAGAAGGCGGCUUGUUGGGAUCGCAGGACAUCGCUAGCAGCUACGCAGACAAGGGUGUCAAGGUCAAGGCGAUGAUGCAGCUCGACAUGACUGGCUAUUUCAAGCCGGGUUCAAAGGAGGUGUUCGCACUGGAGGCCGACUACGUUGAUUCUGGCUUGAAUACGUUUGUCAAAGCGUUGGUCGGCGCCUACUCUUCGCUUUCCUGGGCCAUGGACACUCCAUGCGGAUACGCUUGCUCAGAUCACGCAUCCUGGAACGAACAGGGAUACCCCACCACGAUGCCCUUCGAGGCCGUCACUGGCAACGACAACGACAACAUCCAUUCGACUGGUGAUACUAUCUCGGUCAGCGGGUUCUCCUGGAGUCAUUCUCUCGAAUUCGCAAAAGUCGCGCUGGCAUACGUUUAUGAAUUGACAGCUUGA